UGAUGGAUAGGCUGUUAUACAGGAGUGGACUUUUGCCUGAGAGAAAACUCAGUUUUAGUCUGUAGCAGAAAUGGUAAACCCAGAAUAUUUAUGUAGAAUUAGCUACUUAAUAACCAAAAGCUUGAUUGCAGCUUUGCAAUGAUGAGGAGAAUGGCCCUGAGUUCUUCGGUUAUUCUUUAGGUUAUUAACUUGUUGGGUUGUGCAUUUUUCAGAUUUGCUACUUGAGAAAAUUGUUGGCAGUUUCUUUUAAGGCUUUUAUAAAUUCUUUAAUAUGUGUUUUCCUUGGCUUAAUUAUCUGCUAAAAUUACACUGUCAGAAUUUACACACUAGUCAUAAUUAACCUUUGAAGCUUAACUGUGGGUGAAUUUUCAGUACUCUUUAUGUUCUUUGGCAAUGGUCAGCCAGUAGUUUCCACAAGAAUUUUAUUUUCACUGAAGGUCAGAUAUUUUCAGGUAGGACUGAUUUUCAGGGGCCGGAACGGAAGCCUUUCAUAAUCCUUAUUCCUGGCAAAUUUUCCGGAAUAUUUAAUUUUUCUUUGUCUUCAUUAAGUAAAACAGGUCCAUUUGAUGCCCAUUUCAAGAUCGUCCUUCUGCUGCCUGUUUUGUGGUCAUUUAACUUCUCAUUAAGCCCUCCACUGGAGACUGUGCCAGAAGAGAGAGAAGAUGAAAAGCAAACGAAUCAUUUUCUAAUUGUUAACAGCUCUGAAAAAUGAUUUGUAGAAGAGAUUGACAUUAUCCCGGAAAUUCUUUAGGAUUAUGUUUUAUUUCAUUCAUCUGUAUUGUCUCUGAGAUGUUCCUAAUAGUCAUCAAUUUAGAAGCUGAUUAUCCAGCUAUUGGAUGACCAGGAAUCUAACUGUUUUUUGUUUUUUUUUUUAUUUGUUUCUUGCCGUAUCUGAGCAUUAAGCAUCUCCACAGAGGAUGUCUGGAAGUAAGGAGUAGGGAUAACAUUUAAACUGAUCAAUACUUUUUUUUCCCCUUAGAGCUCUUAGUGAACGAUUUGAUUUUCUUGGACUGUUUAGUUAUUGUUAUUGGGAGUGACUUAUAGUAACUUCAUUUUAUUUUGAGUAUCUGUAUCUUAUACAGAAGUGUAGGGAGGCUUUUGGGUGCUUUUUAAGAAACAUGGGCUUAAAUAGAUUCCCGUAAUUGCUUUCUUGAAUUAUUAAGCUUGAGGUUUCAUUACAUCUUUGUAUCAGAACAGAACCUGGGCCUUUGCUGUGGAACAGAUUCAAAGGCAUCAUCUAACUUUCUUUUUAUGAUUGUUUAAGAAGUUAUAUUGUUUUGGUUUAGCAGUAAAAAAGGGGGAAAAGGAUUAAUAGUGGACAGACCUUGCCUAACAGCUGUAACAUUGAUGCUGUCUUGAUUUUUUUGUGUUGUCUUUGGUCUCCCAUUUCUCAUUUAAUCAUUCGUAUAUUCCUGGAUUAGAGUUCUUUACUUCACUUAAGGCAGAGGACACCAGCCUUCAGUCACACUAGUGAGUAGGUUCUUGCUAUUUUGCCUCAGGGGAAUUUUUACAAACCCAUUGUGACUGCUCACUUAGACUGAGUUAACUGUUAAAUUUGUAAAUAAAAUCCACCUGCUGGGGGGCGUCUAAAGUUAAUCCUUUCAGUUUCUUAUUUCUUGGAUUCUGUUCUUUCAGUUUCUACCCAUAGAGGGGAUUUUUAGAAAGAUCUAGACUAGCAGUCAGAAAAUCCAAGUGUUUUUUGUAUUGUUUUGUUUUUAAGAUUUUAUUUAUUUGACAGCGAGAGAGAGAGAGAGAGAGAGACAGACAGACAGACACAGCUAGAGAGGGACCACAAGCAGGGCGAGUGGGAGAGGGAGAAGCAGGCUUCCUGCUGAGCAGGGAGCCCAAUGCGAGACUCUGUGUGGGACCCCAUCCCCAGGACCCUGGGAUUGUGACCCGAGGUGCAGGCAGAGGCUUAACGACUGAGCCACCCAGGCGCCCUCAUGCAUGGCUUAUGUAACAGGAAUAUUGUGGGAGAAAAAAGGUCCAUCUCUUUUUGUUUAAGUUAUUUCUUCAUUUUGGAAUCCCUUCUCCUCUUGGGUUGUCCAGAUAUUCCUGCAGAGUCCUCCUGAGCGAGCUCUUCCUGAAGUUGGCCCAUUUAGAAAUGUUCUUGCUUUUUCUUCCUGAAGGCCUCUGCUAGUCCAUCCAUUAUGUAGCACUUUUCUGUACAGUUGUUGCAUGUUGCCUUUCUUCACAGGUAGGAAGCUCCAUGAGGACAAGGAUUGUAUCUUUCCUAUUUCUGUGUCUUUACAUUGCACAUUGCCCCCCUCAACCCCCACAACCAAAUUCACCUAUAAUAAAUGUUGGUUGACUGAAUAAUUUUUGAGACUGUCAGGAAUGAAAACUUUGAGUGAUGGGAAGAUGCCAAAGAUAAGUCUAUUACCAGAACUUUUGGAUGACUGGCCUUGUAAAUCACUCAGUCAUUUAUCUGUCUGUUGUAUCAGUAACUGAAUCAGAUGCUCAUAAUGUAAAUUGAUAAAACCUGUUUCCUUGGUUCUGUUUACUUCAGAUAUUGCCAAGCAAGUCAGAGGAAUGCAGGGUUGUCACAACCCCCCUUAAUAUAACAUUUGUUCCAUUUCUCACCCUAUAGCAUGUGGAGAUCUAUCUAUAUCCAGCUGCUGAGUAUGGAGAAUUAAACCUGACUGCACGUUGUCUGGUCCACAUUUUAGCUUGUUUUCUUUGAAGAAUGUGCAAGGUGGAAAAAUAGAUGCUUCAGGCUCUGAUUUCAGCCCCUGCUGUGCUAUGCAAAUGUUCUCUACAUGCCUGAGUGACCUUUUUGAGAAAGAGCCUUUGUGAUCUUCUGUAGCCAGGGCCUGUUCUGGGAAUAGUGUGCCAGAUUUCUCUAAAAGUGGGAAAAGUGAAUCUGUUCAAAGACCAUAUAAAAAAGCCAGUGCUUUUCCUGGAUAAAUACCGAUAAGUUCAUGUUUCUUACUGUCUCUUGCCAGAACUUUUGAAAUUUGCUCUGCAGUUUGCUUUGCCGGUUGAUUUGGAGAGUGAUAUGUGUGAGAGGGGACUGACUAAAGCAAUUCUGUAGCUGGGAAAGUGUUUUAAGUGCUUUUGAAUUGUAGAUAAAAAUAAAUUCAAACUGGCAUCAUUAGUAUCUGGGUGUUUAUCAAUGUCUUCAGCCUGGUUCUCCCUAAGUGCCGGCUGAGUGACUUGCAACCAGAUUGGUAAGGUUGUCCCAAAUUGUGCUCUGAUGAUUUGGCAUUUAAAUUGUUUUCUAUUUGUUUUGAUUAUUGUACAAAAUGAAAUAUGUCAUUAUUAAAAGUGUCAUUAGUGUUUUUUAUGUUAUAAAAGAAAUACCAUUCUGAUAUCUUUCUCUUGGAAAUUGAUGCUGGUGGUGUGGAGGUUUAUGGCUUUUGAGGCUUUUACUGAGAUGUUUAGCUUCUGUGACUGAAAUGGAUAAAGAGUUUUGUCUUUCUCCCUUUCCUUUUUUUUUUUUUUUUUUUUUUUUUUUAAGAUUUUAUUUAUUUAUUUGACAGAGAAAUCACAAGUAGGUAGAGAGGCAAGCAGGGGUGGGGAGAAGCAUUCUCCCUGCUGAGCAGAGAGCCUGAUGCGGGGCUGGAUCCCAGGACCCUGAGAUCAUGACCUGAGCUGAAGGCAGUGGCUUAACCCACUGAGACACCCAGUUUCCCUGGAACCUGGGCUCCCCAAGACGCAGCGCUGGAGCAGAUGGAUAAUGGAGACUGGGGCUAUAUGAUGACUGACCCAGUCACGUUAAAUGUAGGUGGACACUUGUAUACAACGUCUCUCACCACAUUGACGCGUUACCCGGAUUCCAUGCUUGGAGCUAUGUUUGGGGGGGACUUCCCCACAGCUCGAGACCCUCAAGGCAAUUACUUCAUUGAUCGAGAUGGACCUCUUUUCCGUUAUGUCCUCAACUUCUUAAGAACUUCAGAGUUGACCUUACCCCUGGAUUUUAAGGAAUUUGAUCUGCUUCGGAAAGAAGCAGAUUUUUAUCAGAUUGAGCCCUUGAUUCAAUGUCUCAAUGACCCUAAGCCUCUGUAUCCUAUGGAUACUUUUGAAGAAGUUGUGGAGUUAUCUAGUACUCGGAAGCUUUCUAAGUACUCUAAUCCAGUAGCUGUCAUCAUAACACAGUUAACCAUCACCACCAAGGUCCAUUCCUUACUAGAAGGUAUCUCAAACUAUUUCACGAAGUGGAAUAAGCACAUGAUGGACACCAGAGAUUGCCAGGUUUCCUUCACUUUUGGACCCUGUGAUUAUCACCAGGAAGUUUCUCUCAGGGUCCACCUGAUGGAAUACAUUACAAAACAAGGUUUCACGAUCCGCAACACCCGAGUGCAUCACAUGAGUGAGCGGGCCAACGAGAACACAGUGGAGCACAACUGGACUUUCUGUAGGCUGGCCCGGAAGACCGAUGACUGAUCUCAAAGCCUGGGAGGAGUUCCUGGAAACGGACUUUCCAGGACAUGGAAGAGACUUUUUUUUUUUUUUUUUUUUUUGUUAAAUCACAGUGUGGGUGUUUUUUGUUUGUUUGUUUUUCUUUUUUGUUUUUUUAAAUAUUUGUAUUUAUUUGAAGGCAGUGAGGACCAGAAGGAAGAUUUGUGCUUUAGCAAACUCCUGUAUGUUUUGUUCCCUUUACCUUGAGUAUGCAUGUGCCUGUUUGGAGCCUCCAGAUACCUUUUUUAUAAAAAGAAGUAUGAAAAUCAUUAUGGUAUAUAAUCUACUCUUAACAGAGCUUUUUUUAUUACAGUGCUACAAUGAUUUCUGAUUAAAUGGUCCCUAACUCAACUAGGAGGUUAAAAAUGCAGGAAUGAAAGAAUAAACAGAGUACUCAUGAUGCCUUUGAGAAAAAUCAAAACAUCAUGUAGGGUGACCUAGUUUCCAAACCAAUAAGCAGUAUUGUAAUAUUAAAGGAAAACUGUUCCAAUCAUUUAAAAGUACUUGUUAAGUACUGCUUUUUACAGUUAUGACAACUGUUUCUUUCUAUGCAUAUAAAUCAAGCAACCAAAUAUCUGUAGCCAUGGAAAUGUCUGACUAGAAAUAUUUAUAUUGGAUUCUGAAUACAAAAUGUCCCUGUGGUAGAACUCUUACUUCUUAUGCCUGGUGCAGUAUAAUUCCCAAGUGUACUGUCUACCAGAAGAAAAAAAACCUAAUAAAAAACGAAAUAUGAAAAUUA